CAUAGACACUGGGAUUGUCACAUCGUUUAAGUGAGAUUAUUACUACUAAUAAUUAAGACCUUUUUCCAAACAAUAGUAAAGUUUCGACACCAGCACCACCACCAUAAUAAUGUUGAAAGCUUUCGUCAUCUGUGUGAUAGUUAUCCUGUUAGUUGGUGAAAGUCAAUGCUGGAGGAUGAGAAGAAGAAGUAGAAGCACACGGAGUUCAGCAAAAACAAACGCACCACCGCGUGAUUCUCGUGUAACACGAGCACCGAGUGAGGAUUCUCAGAAGGAAUGCAAAAUGGGUAUUUUUUGUACGAAUCUUUGGUUCGAUUUUGAUUGGAAAGAUGGAAAUGAAACAGAAUACGAUGCCGGAAGCUUCUUCAGCGGAACUGGCUGUCUGAUAGCGGGUUUACUUCCGCUUGUGAUCGCCAUGGCAACGAGCGCGCGUUACCUUUUCAAGUAGUCAAGGCUGGUUGUCAGGGCGAUAAAGUUUUUCUGAUUUCUCGAUUACUCUAACGUUUAUUCAUAUUUGUAUGACACUCCAAAUAAUCUUUAUUCAUUAUGUGUUUACAUUCAUUUUAUAUUCAUGUAUUAUACACCGAUUCACCGUGAAGUGGAGGAAAAGAAAUACCCCUUCAGGCCGGAAAUAGUGGAGCCUUCUUCCGGGUUAUGAUACAUUUCAAUGAGACGUUAAAUGGCCACUGAUAGCCAUCCUGUUUCUCGGAAUUCACGGAGUGUAGGGAACAAUAUGAAUAAA